UUUUUUGUUACUAAUGAAGUUGCAACUUCUGGUCUCCAUGGUGUCUAAAGCUUACCCAUAAUUUCUGAACCCACGCAGUCUCAUGGAUCCACGUUGCUUGAGGUGGUGAGAAGAAAUUACUGUCUCUGUAUACGGUUCCAGAAUUUAUCCUUCUAAAUUUUAUUCCCAUAUGAAGUCCUGUAUAAAGAACCUGUCUGCCUUUUUGUCUUUCCUUUGUCAUAUUGAACUAGAUCUACUGGUCUACUGAGCAGUGUGAUAUUCAAAUGUCUUGAUUCCCACCACAAAGGAGUGAGUGACUUGUACUAAUUGAAGUUGAGUGUGACUGCUGCUCCUGUGACUUUUGUGGUGAUUCAUUCUGCAGAUCUGUUAAGCUGGCGUGGACCAUGUUAAUGAUUCUGGCUACUGAAAAGAGAUAGGAACUGCUUUAGUAGGGGGACUGGGCUAGAUGAUCUCAAGAGGUACUUUCCAAACCAUAUGAUUCUGUGAAGUGUCCCGAGGAAUCCAGCUCUGACCACAGAAUUGCUGCCACCCAUGAUGUGCACCCUACUGCUGCACAUCAUGACAAGGAACUUGUCAGCAUUACGUUCUGCUUGCUGAAAGCAUAAAACCUGUGAUAGGAGACAAUAGUGAGAAUAAACCUCUUAAUCUUGGGCAUUAUGAUCUUCUAUAGAUUUCUGUAUUUUCUGUGCCUUCCCCAGAUUCUACACUGCUACACAAGCCUCCUCGCAUCUUUGCUUCUUCCCACUCUUAGGCUGGAAAGCUCUAGUUGUUAAUGCUCUUUGUUCUGCCAUUUGCCUCAUCCUUGUCUUUCUGUCCUUCUUUCCAGCUGCCUUUCAGCCUUUCCAUUCUCCUACCAAAUAUGGCAGCCCCUUCUGUGUAAUGAAGGUCUGGGCUGGAGAUGCCAUUGGCAGAGCAAUGUGGCUCCUACUGCCUCAGUCAGGGAUGGUUUGGCAGACAGGGCAAGUUAUCUGAUCCCUGUGCUGAGGAUGAGGCAGGCUGUGCCCUGUACUGAGCCUCAGAGGGAUGGAUGCUCAGGGCCGUGGAGCUGGCAGGUCCUCAGGGUUCAGUUUCUGGAGGGGUGACAGCCCACUGUGCCACGUCCCUUGAGGCCAGCCGAGAAGCCCCGAUCUCGAGGCCAUCCUCCCAUCUUCAAGUUUGGGAGCCACGCGAAGGGCGAGGACGUGUGGGCCACUCUGUGCCCAAGCACACCCAGCGCGGCCAACUCUUCCAGGCGCCAUUUUCACGGCCUCUCCGUGGCGCUGGCGGGAUCCCCGGGGGCGGCCGCGAGGAGCCGCUGCGCUCCCUCACACGGGGGCGUGGGGAGACCGCCGUUACCACAGGGCCGGCGCUGAGGGCAGAACCGAGAGCGCUGGCCGCCGUGGCAGCGGGACUGCGAAGCGCGGAGCCCAGCCCGCUGCGGGGCCGCACAACCGCCGCGUCCUCCGCAGUCGCCGCAGUCGGCCGGGACUCGCCGCGCGGAGCGGUUCGGGCGGCGGCUGCGCGCGCAGGGAAGGGGGGAGACCGUCAGGGGCCGUCGCUAUCGCCAGGUUGAGGUGGAGCGGAGCGCCAGGAUGGCCGAAGCUCCUCCAAGUUACUGUUUUGUAGCCUUUCCCCCAUGUUCCAAAGAUGGGCUGGUGGUGUUUGGAAAGAACUCUGCACGGCCUAGGGAUGAAGUACAAGAGGUGGUCUACUUUGCUGCUGCAACUCACGAUCCGGGAAGUAAAGUUGAGUGCACAUAUAUUGAGAUUGAGCAGGUGCCGAAGACUCAUGCUGUUGUGCUGAGCAGGCCUUCCUGGCUUUGGGGAGCAGAAAUGGGAGCCAAUGAGCAUGGAGUCUGUGUGGCUAACGAAGCUGUCGUGACCAGAGAACCAGCUUCCGAAUCUGAAGCCCUGCUUGGAAUGGACCUUGUCAGGCUUGGCCUGGAAAGAGGUUCAACGGCCAAAGAAGCCUUGGAUGUAAUAGUUGCUUUAUUGGAAGAGCAUGGGCAAGGAGGAAAUUACUAUGAAGACGCGAGUUCAUGCCAUGCUUUCCAAAGUGCAUUUUUGAUUGUGGACAGAAAUGAAGCCUGGGUACUGGAGACAUCUGGAAAGUACUGGGCAGCUGAAAAAAUCACAGAGGGGGUGAAAUGCAUUUGCAAUCAGCUUUCACUAACUACAAAAAUUGAUGCUGAGCAUCCUGAACUAAGGGAUUACGUGAGAAGUCAAGGCUGGUGGAAUGGAGACACAGACUUCAAUUUUUCUGAAGUGUUUUCUGUUGCUGAUGACCAUUUAGCCUGUUGUUCUGGCAGGGAGAGCCUGGAAAAGCAAAGUGGUGAAGUUUCUGCACAAACUAUGAUUGAUGUCCUGCGUGACAAGGAUAGUGGUGUCUGUGUGGACUCUGAAUCUUUCCUUACUACAGCUAGCAUAGUGUCUGUUCUGCCUCAGGACCCUAGUUUUCCCUGCGUUCAUUACUUCACUGGCACGCCAGACCCUUCAAGGUCUGUAUUUAAGCCUUUUAUUUUUGUUGAUGAUGUAAAAUUAGUACCAAAAGUACAGUCCCCUUCUUUUGGCGAUGAUGAUCCUGCUAAAAAGAUACCUCGAUUCCAGGAGAAACCCGAUCGCAGGCAUGAAUUGUACAAGGCACAUGAAUGGGCCCGGUCUCUCCUCGAGAGUGAUCAGGAUAAGGGCCAGAAACUGAUGAGGAUUAUGUUAGACCUCGAAAAACAAGGCUUAGAAGCAAUGGAAGAUAUCCUUACUCGUACAGAGAUUCUGGAUCCCGCUGAAGUAGUAGAUCUUUUCUAUGACUGUGUUGACACAGAACUAAAGUUCUUCAAAUGAACUACAGUGGCUACUGUUAGCCUUUUCACAGGAAGACUGCAAAGUUCUUCAAGCCUUGAAAGAAAGUCUUCACACUUGUGAAUUUGCAGGAAAGACAUUUCUAGAGGGAAAAAAAUGUUACUUGCUAGCUAUAUCUGGUUAACAAAUUGCUUUCCUUUGUCCAAUCUUGUGGUGUUCCUGUUUGUGUAUGUAUAUAGUGAAAGGAGAAAAUCACUGACUGGUCCAAUUACUGUGUGCAUGCUGGCUAAUUUAGUACAGAAUGUUUAAAUAUGUAUGUUGGGCAACAAAUUAAAGCAAAGAUUAACUUCAUCAGGAUAACUACCAUAUUGUCAUUGAAAGCAAUCUGUUUUUUUUUUCCUCUGCUGCUCAGGUCUAGGCUUGCAGCAAAGCUGUCUUGCAUUUUUCUCUAUUUGCUAAUUCAUACAAAGAAUAAUAGAGUUGAAAUCCCAGUUUUGAGGGGACAGGAAGGUAAGUCCUGUUUCUUGACCUUGCUGUACCAGUCUCAUUUUGGCAGAUCUGGUUACAGAGACUCAGCAUCUGACAUUAUGCCUGUGCAAAUGACCAGAAUUAUGUCCCCCAGGAUAAGUUUUGUCUUCAUCUGCUACCCUGAGUGUUUGUAAUGCACCUGGCUAUUGCUCUAGUGCUGAAUACUGCAAUGCAGAGCCAGGCUGAAUGCUGAAGACAUCUGAACAUACCCUAUUGACUCUUAAGACAAUUAAUAAAAGGAUGUAUUUGUAUACAAA